AUGAUUGAUUCUGAAGCUAAGAAACAGUAUGAUCAUUUCUUGAGUCUCAAUGUGUUGUUAUUGAAAGCUGGAGGAAGUUCCGGCGAUCAACAUUUGUUGAAACGUCCACUAGGGUUAGUGACAUUAGCUUUUUUAACUGUUUGGUCUGUUGGCGAAUGGCAUCAAGUUAUUGUAAAUCUCAAAAUCGACGAGGAAAUUACCGUUCGUGGAAUUGGUGCAAUAUUUUCUGGAUAUUUGGCAACAACUAAGGGACUCAGUCUCAUUUUCCAGGCUAAGCAGCUCCGCGAGAUUUUGCUAAGCUUAUCGGUGAUGUGGGAGGACCGGUAUCAGGUGGAGCAAAAUAGAACCGUCAUGCUGACCAAGGCGAAGAAGGCCUAUCAUAUGACCAUUUUUUAUUUCAUAACAUGCAUGUUAAUGUCCGCUGUUUUUCACCUAAAUCCUUACAAGGUUCUGUUGGAACAGUAUUUUGAAUCAAAAACAGUUAAUAACGCGUACAAUUUCACGACCAUUAUGCCCGUGAAAUAUCCCUUCGACAUUAAUUAUGUUGGCAAUUACAUUCCAGUGAUGAUCGUCGAACACGCUAUAACAGUGUUCUUUUUAAUUUACCUAGCAUCAACGGAUACGUUGUUUUUCCAGCUGCUAACUCACCUGUGUCUUCAUUUUAAGCUUCUUCAAUACGAUUUAGAAUAUAUUAUUGAACAAACUACGUCGACAGCUGUUUCGGACGAACAAAAAUGUAAAGUAUCUCUAAGGCUGUCCAAGAUUGUCAAUCGUCAGAAUGAAUUGUACUUGUUGUGCGAGAGAGUAGAAAAAAUAUUUCGUCCAAUAUUCUUCGCAUCAAUGCUCGUAACGUCUCUCACGAUUUGUCUAUCUCUUCACCAGAUACAACAGACCGAGUUAUUAGCAAUCGCUGCUUACAACUGUCCGUGGCUAUGUUUCGGAAAGCAAAUUUGCAAUCAGUUGAAAUUUCUGAUCCUUCGAUCCCAAAAAGCAUUUCGCUUUACAGCUAAUGGAUUUUUCAGACUUGAUCUGCCUCAGCUAACUACCAUUGUUAGUGCUGCAGCUACGUACUUUACUCUUCUAAACACGCUUGUCAAGCAGAAAUAA